UGUUUGUGAAUAUUUUUUUGUCUCAAAUCCGUGAUUCCCAUCCACUUCUAUUAUAUGACUGACAGACUGCAAUGGUUUGUGUUCUACUAAAGAAACAAAGUCACCUUCAUCUUGGAUGCCCCGGAGCACGCUUUCAACAUGGCUGCGCCCGCAGAGAGCACGGAUGCCUCAUUCUCAGCUACUUCGAGUCAAUCGGCAACUGUUUCAGCAGCGGAAAAUGUUCCACUACAGUAUAGUCUUAUCCUGGAUCAUCUUAUCGGUGACAAAAGACCAGUUAAAGACUUGAAUCCGACUGUCAUGGGUGCUUUACCGAGUCCUCAGAAAACAGAGGAGCAGAAGAUGAUCGAGAGGGGAAUGGAGAGCUGCGCGUUUAAAUCACUCAUAGCGUGUGUCGGAGGGUUUGUGUUGGGAGGUGCUUUUGGUGUCUUCACAGCCGGUAUUGACUCCAACGUUGGGUUGGAUCCCAAAGACCCCCUAAGGACCCCCACAGCUAGAGAGGUUCUGAGAGACAUGGGACAGAGAGGAAUGUCAUAUGCUAAAAACUUUGCUAUCGUGGGUGCUAUGUUUUCAUGCACGGAGUGUCUCAUAGAAUCGCAUCGUGGGAAAUCCGACUGGAAAAAUGCAGUGUAUAGCGGCUGUAUUACAGGAGGAGCCAUCGGAUUCAGAGCUGGUCUUAAAGCUGGAGUUCUGGGCUGUGGAGGUUUUGCUGCUUUCUCUGCUGCCAUUGAAUACUAUCUCCGAUGAACACCAGCUUCAGGACUGUUGCCGUGUACUGUGUAAUGACAGGGGACACUGUGCAGUCUUCUUCUGUCCCAGCAAUCAAGAGGCAUUCCAUCCUUCCAGAAGAGAUUCGGUUGCCUGAGUGGACCAAUAGGACAUUAAACUCCAGCAGAAGUCGUUUAUUCUGAGGGGUGUCUUGAUCAUUCUGUUUCCGACCACCUGAUGAGGCACAUCACCUUAAAACCUCCUAGGACAAUAUUCGCACAUAAUUGUGCCUAAAAUGUCAUGAUUUGUGCUGUUUGAUGCAGAGCUAAAUGAGAUCUAUGUAUAGUAUUACACGUUGUCUGUGAAAAAAAUAAUAGAGUAUUUACUGAAGAAUGGUG